AUGCGUGCGACUCUGCAUUCUACCUACCUCUAUGCCAGCGGCUCUCUGAAAGGAAGAAGCCAGCCAAUGAAAGAGCGAGUGACGGAAUUCUCCACUUCGGGCCAAUCAGUGGCCCUGGAGUGCGGCGGAGGGCGUGGAAAAGAGAGAAGCGGCCCGAAAGAAGAAGGCGGGGCCGACGUUGUUGUUUCCACCCCCCACCAAAGCGCGCUUGAGCAAGCGAGCCUCCAAUUGGUGAGCAAAGCAGCCAAUGGGCGGCCUGCAUUCCGACGCCGACGACCAAUCAGCGGCGGGGAACAUAAUAUUUGAAUCUGAGGAGAGCCGAGAGGCGGUUUGGGGGUCGACGCUGGAGCGGGGAGGCCGCGUUUGGUGAGUUGAGCGGGCGGCCGUGGGGAAGGAGAAGGCCCCAUAAAUUGGGGGGGGGGGCGGGUGAAAGAAGGGACUGAGGGGGUGGAGGACCGGUCCCUCGGCGGUUCGUUCGUCGUCUUAUGAGUGGGGAAGCUUCGGCCGAACGUUAGUCCUCCUCCUGCGGAACUCCCUGCCACAAGAUAGCCGCCUUUCACAAUGAGGGUUGGGAAGAUUCGCGGAGGCUGCUAUCGUGGCUGCUCUCCAACGAAUAAUGCUCUCCUCCUCUGAAUAAUUCCGGGAUAUUAGGUGGCCUGCGAUGCCAGUCCUUCUCGGAGUAGACCUAUUUGCUCGGCUCUGCCUCCACAGCUGGGAGGCAGCAAAUGUUUCUGGGUGGGAACCACAAGUGGGAUUCCCAUCUGGGGUACCUGGUCGGCCACUCGGAGAUCUGGAUGCUGGACCCCUUUGGCCUGAUCCUGCAGCAGGGAACUUACUAGUUGUUGUUGUCGUUUAGUCAUGUCCGACUCUUCGUGACCCCCUGGACCAGAGCACGCCAGGUACUCCUGUCUUCCACUGCCUCCCGCAGUUUGGUCAAACUCAUGCUGGUAGCUUUGAGAACACUGUCCAGCCAUCUCGUCCUCUAUCAUCCCCUUCUCCUUGUGCCCUCCAUCUUUCCCAACAUCAGGGUCUUUUCCAGGGAGUCUUCUCUUCUCAUGAGGUGGCCAAAGUCUUGGAGCCUCAGCUUCAGGAUCCGUCCUUCCAGUGAGCACUCAGGGCUGAUUUCCUUCAGAAUGGAUAGGUUGGAUCUUCUUGCAGUCCAUGGGACUCUCAAGAGUCUCCUCCAGCACCAUCAUUCAAAAGUAUCAAUUUUUCGGCGAUCAGCCUUCUUUAUGGUCCAGCUCUCACUUCCAUACAUAGGGAACUUACUACUAUGUGUUAAAUUUGCAAACCACCCCCAUCCAAAUAUCUCAGGACAUGGGUAGGCAAACUAGGGGCCAGAUCUGGCCCAGUCGCCUUGUAUAUCCGGCCCGCGGACGAUUCAGGAAUCCAUGUUUUUCCAUGAGUAGAAGGUGUCCUUUUAUUUAAAAUGCACCUCUGGGUUAUUUGUGGAGCAUAGAAAUUCGUUCAUCUUUUUUUCAAACUAUAGUCUGGCCCCCCACAAGGUCUGAGGGACAGUGGACUGGCCCCCUGCUGAAAAGGUUUGCUGACCCCUGCAUCAGGACGCUGUUUCAUAGCAUUACAUUCUUCCUGAUUGCACAUCCUCUAGUAGCCACUUCCUCUGCAUGCAGGGAUAUUGUAGUUUUCUCUGUCUGGUCGAUUUACAAGGAAUUGCAAGUGGGGAAAGGUGCUGUUGCACUCAAAUCCUGCUUAAGGGUUCCCCAUUGGGGCACCUCAUUGUCCCCUGUGAGAACUGGAUGCUGGACUAGGCUCUUCUUGUAUAUUGAGCUAUACAAGACUCCUAUUGCAGGCAAAGCAGGCAGUUGUUGUUGUUAUUGUUGUUUAGUCAUGUCUGACUCUUCGUGACCCCAUGGACCAGAACACGCCAGGCACUCCUGUCUUCCACUGCCUCCCGCAGUUUGGUCAAACUCAUGCUGGUAGCUUCGAGAACACUGUCCAACCAUCUCGUCCUCUGUCGUCCCCUUCUCCUUGUGCCCUCCAUCUUUCCCAGCAUCAGGGUCUUUUCCAGGGAGUCUUCUCUUCUCAUGAGGUGGCCAAAGUCUUGGAGCCUCAGCUUCAGGAUCUGUCCUUCCAGUGAGCACUCAGGGCUGAUUUCCUAAAGCAGGCAGUACCUUGUACUAACGGGGGUGGGGGGGAAUGUCUGACUCAGUUUCGUUUUUUAAAGUUUGCUUUGUAACAGAAGAAAAUCUGUAAUGGAAAGUAACAAACAUGUACACUUUGUGUCUUCAUUUUCAAUCUGUGGUCUUUUUCACAUUUCGUUCAGUAUGAGGCACUGUUGUCAGAGACAUCAUGUAGUUGGAGGAAAAGGGAGGGGAGAGAGAUGGGCUAAUGUUCUUUGGUUCUACUGCAUAGUGUUAGUGUACGUUUGGGUCAGCAUCAUGUGGGUAGGUCCUAUAGUACUUUUAAACAGUGUUUUGUUGCAAUACCAUUUACCUAUGUUCGCAUCAAAGCAAGUAGCUUGUCAAUGUAAGUGAACUGGAAGGCAGUCCAAAAAACCUCUAGGGCAAGAUCUUUGUCCUGGCAGCAGAUGUGACAGACUUUGCUUUCCUGUCUUCUCCCUGCCAGCCCCAUGAGCAUCCCACCCCAAACUUCUCCAGAGGGUCUUCCAACUCUGCCUGCCAAGCAGAUCUUGGAGACACCUGGGAAGUGUGUAUCUGCACAUGGGAGGUCCUGUUUGCAUAGGCAGAAGUCUGUUGUGCAAGUGUGGCCACCCAACCUCUGCUUAAAAACCUCCAAGGAAGGGGAGUCCACCACCUCUUUUCCAGUCAAACAGCUCCUACUAUCAUCAAGUUAUUCCUGAUAUUACUUGGAAUCUUUACUUGAUGAUAUCAGCUUUUAAAUUAGUAAAAAUUAAAAACCCCACUGUUAAUGGGAUGUCUGGGGCAGGGCUGGAUUAGGGCCCUAAGCUACUGAAGGUAAUAGGGCCCUUUAUAUCUCCAGCUGUCCUUUGUCAACAACAAAUUGUCCCUGUUUUUGUGUUGAAUAUAUGCUAUAUGGUAACUUAGGGACCUAAUAGGUGUCUCAAGCCAUUUGCACAUAACAAAAUAUGUAUUUUAUCAAAGUAAUUGCCAUGCAACCAGUCCAUGCAGAAUGUAGGCACCCUAAAUAUGUUGUUGUUGUUUAGUCGUGUCCGACUCUUUGUGACCCCAUGGACCAGAGCACGCCAGGCACUCCUGUCUUCCACUGCCUCCCGCAGUUUAGUCAAACUCAUGCUGGUAGCUUCGAGAACACUGUCCAACCAUCCCGUCCUCUGUCGUCCCCUUCUCCUUGUGCUCUCCAUCUUUCCCAACAUCAGGGUCUUUUCCAGGGAGUCUUCUCUUCUCCUGAGGUGGCCAAAGUCUUGGAGCCUCAGCUUCAGGAUCUGUCCUUCCAGUGAGCACUCAGGGCUGAUUUCCUUCAGAAUGGAUAGGUUUGAUCUUCUUGCAGUCCAUGGGACUCCAGAGUCUCCUCCAGCACCAUAAUUCAAAAGUAUCAAUUCUUCGGCGAUCAGCCUUCUUCAUGGUCCAGCUCUCACUUCCAUACAUCACUACUGUUGUGAAGUAGGGUGCCGCAAAAGGGCGGGCAUCCAUAGCCUAUAAUCUUUCUCACUUCGCAGGUAGGAAACAGCAGGAUGGCUUCCACUUUUGCUGCUCGGUACAGAAAGGACCUAAGUACGGAGGCCUUGAAGACAAAACUUGCCCACCGAAAGUCCAUUUCCCAAAAGGAGAGCAGACACAAGGAAUUUAAUAAAGGCAGGCAGUUUGGACUCAUUGAUGUCAACGCACAGGCAUCAAGAAAUGGUGAGCCUUCACUGCUGGAGGAGUCAGGUGAAGGAUACUUCCUAAGGAGCAGCACAAAGUCAAGUAAGUAAAGACUUGCAACUCGUGUUUGACAAAGCACUGAUUUUUAGACUCUGUCAUUGUAGAAUUUCCUACACCUACAAAGUUAAUGUGCUACAGAGGCCUUAUUAACAAAACAGAAACUGAUAAAUGACCAAGUUCAGACGUCACCCACCCCAGAAUUCCUAAGGCACCGAAAUGUUAAGAUGUUAUGUUAGAGGUGAACAGUGGGAGAGGCUCAUUUGCUGAUGAUAGUAGAUUAUUUAUCAGAGUGGUUAAAACAAAAAGAUUGUGAAGAGCUCCAAAAAGAUCUCUUGAAAGUGGGCGAACAGGCAAUAAAAUGGCAGGUGCAAUUCAAUGUAAACAAGUGUAAAGUGAUUCAUGUAGUGGCAGAUAAUACUAAUUUUGCAUAUUUGAUCCUCUGGACUGAAAUGACAAUGAAUGACCAGGAAUGAGACCUUGGGGUAAUAGUGGAUAGGUAGAUGAAUAUGGCUGUCUCCAAUUUAGGUCCCUUUUGGAAGUAAAUCAUACUGAAAUCCACGAGAUGUUUUGAUGUAAACACAGAUGUGAUUGGACUGUUAAUUCCUCUGAAGUUAUUCUGAUGGGAUCUAAAGUUAUUUUUGUUUUCCAUGUAGGCCAGAAAUCAAGUGCUUCAGCUAAGUCUCGCGAACAGGAGCGUUUGGAAAUGCUACAGCGUUACAAAGCUGAGAAAGAACUACGGAAGUUAAAAGAGCAGAGAAAGCCUGUAUUUAAAUGUGGGCAAUUCAAACCAGAGGCACCUGGCUUCCUUUCAAAACCAUCAAAUAUACCGGUGCUCAGCAAGCCAAGGGAGACUGUAACAAAAGCAGCAAGUGUGGUACGUGUACUUAACUCUCCUGUGUUUCUUUUCCAUGUUGUUGGGUUGUCCUAGUUUGUCCAAACCAGAGUUGAAUAUUAUAGUUUGAAAUAGGUUCUGAUUUUGGAGGGGUAGUAUGCCUUAUGUGGACCAGAAAAAAAGGGAUUGGUGGGUAGUGGUUAAGGAAGGAAGGAAUCAGCUUGAUUCACAAUGGGCACUCCAAUAAUUGAUGUCUGUUAUGUGUAAUUGUGGUGCUGACAGUCACUUGUGUUCCGUUACUAAAGUCAAGGGCCUUCAGAGCAGGGGUUUGCCAGGGUAGGCUGUUUUGAAUAAGAUUGUCCCCUGAAGCAGGAUAAGGAAAGUACAUAAGUUCUCAUUUCAAGCACUUCCAUCAGGGAAAAAAUAAGAUAUGCAUGCAACCUUCUAAUGUGACUUGGGCUGUGCACACAUUACUGGCUUUAAGCACAACUAGGCCAUUCUUUCAGUUUGAAAACUGGUGGUUUUUUUAGGGGGGAGGGGGAGUGCAUCAAAGCACAAAAUUUCAAAGGAAAUGACAGGAUAGAUCUGGAGUGUAGCUAACAUUGUGUGUAUACCACUUCCCAAACGGACAGUUUGAGUGCACUGGAUGUAGGGUAAACGGUACUGUGUACACAGGUCUUCACCUCAAAGUAGAUAAAUGUACCCUGUAAGAACAAAAUUGAGCAUGGUGUUUGCCCUGGUUUGCUGGUCACAGAGGUAUGCCGAUAGGUAUGUUAUAGAAAAAUGGGGGGGGGGUGGCUUUUGCUGCCCAACUCCCCAAGGUGCUGAGUCCCCUAAGUCCAUAAUCCAUCAGAGACAAAUGGAUGGAGGCAGGAUGCAGUGAAAGCAAGGCAAGUCUUUAUUUUUCUGUUCCAACAAAGUUCCCUCCCCUCCUGGUAAGGAGGUAAGAGAGACCAAGAAUAAAGUGUGCAGGAACCUUUAAAGACUUUUGAAAUUGUCCAACCCCCUUCAGUAGAGACCACCCUAAAAGCAUCAUGCAUACAUCAUAGAAGGUGGUGGUCUGUCACAUAAAUUUGAGAGAGUUGCUUUUUUCGUGUCUGUCAGGAUACCUGAUUAUGGUCACUGAUUUUGGACAGCCUGGCCAUUCUUUCAUAUGGUUAGCUACUCUGGUUAGGAGGUGCAAAUACAGGUUUUUUUUAUUUUAAAAAAAUGUAUAUUGGUUUAAAAUUUAGUAGGAAAUGUGUGUUUCUGGGGGUGAUGUGUGCUUACUCUAUCUGUUGGGUAUUCCUAGGAAACACGGUUAACAAGGUCAAAGGUGAAGAACCAAUUGCAAGAAUCAAUCAGACCACCAGCUAGACCACCGCAAUCAGUGGUUUGUCUUACAUUUUUAUUCUUUUACAUGUGGUUUGAACAGAAAAAUGAGCUGCUAGAACUAUGGCAGCUUGGUAAUAAACCAGGGGUAGGUAGUCUUUAUUGUUGGUGUUGUUAUUUAUUUUUCCAUAUGGGGUUAGGUUUGUGUGUUAUGUGUUUGCAGCUUGAAAUUAAGGGUCAUAGCCAACUCAAAAAGUUUGUAGCUUUGCAAAUGUUUUAUGUUAAUUUGAGCCCUUAUAAAAAUUUAAUAAUGGCAAAGUAAAUCCUAAUCUACCUAUAUAUGUUUGGCCAGAAUAUUUGCAAGUGGGCUUAUUUGCAAAAAUAGAUGUAAGGUUCAUAUAACUGAGGUAAUUGUCUUAUUGGGAAUUAAAGGAAGGCCCUGUAGAAGUAAAUGGAUGGUAAACACUCUCUCUCUCUCUCUCUCUCUCUCUCUCUUUCUCUCUCUCUCUCUCUCUCUCUCUGUAUGUGUGUGUGUGUCUCACAGUAACAAAGUUAUGCAUUUAUGAAACCCUGACUCCAUUUCUCUCUAUAGAUGGUACCUAGCAAGGGCUCCACUCCGCAAACAGCUCAGCAUAACCAGAGGCAGAUCUACGUAGACAAACCCUCCAAAGAGAGGAAAGGUAUGCAUCGUCAUCCAAACACUGCAGGAUUGCCCCAGACCUUUUGGGGCUACUAUAUGUGUGAGUUUCUGGAUAGCGUAGUGCGAAAGCACUGCUCCUGGAGCUCUGAGUUCAAGUCUUCCAUUGAACUCCUGGACAUGCAAAGCAAUGUGGCUGCAGUUGGAAUUGGUUGCAUUUGUUAAUCGUAUGAGUGUGACUCCCAACAGCCACGCACAGAAAUCUAUUGGCUCCCACGGCAGGUCCUGUCCAGUUAUCAGGUCUUCUGUGAAUUAAUGCCACGUACAGCCUCUGCUAAAACGCGGUGGGACUUGAUUCUGAGUAGGUUGUGCUGUUGACGUCUUGCACCCAGAAUGUGAAAUGUUUUAAGGAGUACACAUCUUCUCUCUCCCCCACCUUCAGGGGUGCAGCCUUCAACUUCCACAACUGCUGCUAGAAGAGCUACAAGGGCCACGGCUGCUGCUCUGACCAAAAUACCACAGAUAUCUCGGCCUGCUGUGAGCGCAGGUGAGUGAGGUAGUAAAUAGCUGUGGAUUGGGGAGUGAAACGUCAAGCAAUGCAUAUAGCGACAACUCUUCAUUUUCUUCUUGGCCCAAAUUGAACUUUCAACAUGGUUUUUUCCUCCAGGAACAUAGGAAGCUGCCUCAUACUGUACUGAGUCAGCCAUUGGUCCAUCUAGCUCAAUAUUCUGUACACUGACUGGAAGCAGCGCUCUAAGAUUUCUUUAGACAAGGCUCUAUCCCAGCCCUAACUGGAAAUGCCAGGGAUUAAACCUUGGACUUUCGGCGUGCAAAGCAGAUGCUCUACUACUGAGCCCUUCUCAAAUAUUACUGCUGUAGUAAUGCUCCGGCCACGCGCCCCUCCCUCACCUGUCCUUAUCAUCCAGCUGGGUCAGGUUCAGAGAAACGGCGGCUGGCAGCAUAUACUUUUUAUAGGACAAAACGCAUCAAAAGGGUAGUUGCUGCCACCACUCCCUUGUACCAGGGCACCAGAAAACGUAACUCAAGGGAGAAGGUUAUGCUUCCUAGUUACCGGCUGCCCUGCCCUGCAAGUUACUUUCACAAAAAUGCAGGCAGAAAUUCAACAAGUAGUGCGUAACUGAUUGGUCAGGCUUCUGGACUCAGACUUCCCCCCAGAAUGGCACACAGGACAAGGAAAGUUCUCUUUUUAAAAUUUAUUUAAAAAAAAACAGGUUUAAACAUACUUUAAAAAGUAGGCACAUCCUCUUAUACAUUUGAAACAGAAAACAAUAACAUGGUAAAGUAUAGCUAGCUAACAUACUUACAAAUGAGAACAAAGACAAAGUUAGUAUAAUUUCAAAGUCCUCAAUGGAAUCUGCAUCUCAAAGACAGAAAAGAUCUUCAUUACAAAGACCCACAGGCAGGACAACUAUCAGCAAGGUGGUAAGCUGACAGACUCUGAAAUUGCAGAUUUCAGAGCACACCCCUGGCUACUUUCUCAGAGUCUUUAUUUCUAAAACUCACGUGGAAACGGAACUCUGAUCCAAUCAAAAUUCUUGAUGAUGUUUAAAUGCACCAAUGGUCAGCUUAUUGACUAAUUACUUAACUUGGGACAGCUGAGCUUGUUAAUUGUCAGGAACUUGGAUCAAAAGGUUCCUCCUUAUUUUCAGAGACUCACCAGAUACCCAUUCUCAGAGUGAUUAGGGUUGAUAACUCAUUCACACCCAGGCAGCUUUGUUAAGUACCAGGUGCUAGAAUACCACUAAUCACUUGGAGAGUUUCUUUUUGCAGAUGCCCACGAUAAGGAUUCUCACUCCCAUAGACAGCAAGUCUCCACUUAAAGCAACAAGAACGCAUUCCCCAUAAAUCCUUUGGCCUUUUUGGUCUCCCCACAAUGCUUUGCUUCUUCACUACAACUGUCCUUCCCAAAUAUCUGGGAUGUGUCCCCAUAGAAAGCUUUUGAGAAACUUCUCUGACUUGUCCUUCCUUGUUCUGAUGAGCUUUUCAGAACCUUGCAGCUUUUCUUGUUUUAGGUUUUCCGCCGCAGAAAAGGGAAGCAAGUAACAGCAAGCAGCAGCAGAGAGGGGUCAAAAAUGCAAAAGCAACAGUAAGUGUCUUGGCUUUUCCUAGUGUUUCACACACUGCAAUCUUCAUAGCAAUAAUCUCUACAGCCCUGUUUGUUAGAUUGCUGUUAUCAACAUGUAAUGGGGGAAAGAUUAAGAAUCUUGAGCAGGGUAAGGGGACUGGGUGGCUCUCUAUACGUCAGUGGACUUCGCUUCCCAUCAGCCAACAUUUCCAAUGUUAUCUCCUUUUCUAGUUCACCUAUCUGCAUGCAUAUUUCUUGAAGUGUAACAAUGAUGGAAACGUGUGUGUGUGUGUGUGUGUGUGUGUGUGUGUCACCCUUAUAAUGCAUUUAGGGUGACAUGUUGUCUGCUCCUUACUGGCUGAGAAAAGUCCAUAUCAUUCAAGAAAAACAAAUAAACCUUUAUGUCCUGUUACAGGUAUUGUGUGGCGUGAAAGAGAAUCAUUCAGUGGAGCCUCUGAUCUCCCAAAUCCCUAUGGCUACAGCCGCAAAGUUGAAGAAAGAAAACCUGGAGAAAGAAAACCUUCCAGCCCCUAUCAUCCUGGCUCCUGCACCACAAAGGGGAGAGCGCUCAUUUGCCCCUCAGAAUUUUGUGUUCAAGCCUCUGGAGGGUUUGACCGCCUACAAAGUCAAGCCAAUGUCCCCUUCCAAGGCAGAUGUAUUCCUGUCGCCCAAUCUUUGCUGGAGCCCUGCAGAGACCACCAGGUAAUGGGCUACCAUAGGGUCCUCUGAUGAGAGAAGGAGUUGCCCAAAUGUUUUUGCAACAUCUCUCUGACCUCUGCAAAAAUUGUCCUUUUUAGAAAUUAAAAAUUGGUACUUCCAGCUCCCGAAGGUUUUACUAUGUCCCCAAAGACAUUAGCCAUUCUUGAUGUGCAUCAUUUGAUAGAACCAUGAGAUCUGGGAAGUCCUUUAGAGUUGACACCUUGACUCAGGCCAAUAUUCUGAAGGCUCAGAUCCGGUGUUCAGAUUUCCUGAGUGAUCUGAAUAUUUGCAAGCCUGACUUCAUUAAAAAUAUCAGUGGAAAGCUGCCUGCUGUUUAUUUUGAAGUAGCUGUGGCAAAUGAGUGCACUGCCUUGACCCAGUCAAAAUGCCAUAAAAGAGAAACAUCCCCCCCCCAUUCCUUCCCUUGCAGGAGAGUUUAUGUGCUAUGUCAUUAAUGGAACUUAAACUGCCUGAGUGCUUUAAUGUUCUGUCAAUUCAGAUGCUUGCCUAAUAAUAAUAAUUAAUAAUUUAUAAUAUAUUUACCCUGCCCAUCUGGCUGGGUUUCCCCAGCCGCUCUAGGUGGCUUCUAACAAAAGAUUAAACAUACAUUAAAACAUACAUGUAAAACAUAAUGCCAAGUAAAUUAUUAUUUUUCCUAGCCAAGUCCCUGGAGAAGGUGGUCUGGAAGCUUUGCCACAGGACUGUGGGCUUAAACAGAAGGUCUCUAGCCCAGGAAUGACAAAGGCAGAUCUUCAGGAACAUCCAUCUGUACUUGAAUUUCCAGAUGCUAACACAGGUGGGUCUGGUGGGGUGGGGCUAGAGCGCUUUUGUAGCACAGUUGCUAACUUUCAGCCAAAAGUCCCAUAUUCCGCUUUGAACUCAUAACUGGUCCUAGUCAAGUUGCCCUUCUCCCAACCCCUCCACCUGCAAUGCCAACCUGCCUUAUAGGUUUGUUGUAAGGCUUUCCUAAGCUUUCGAUCUGUUCAUAUGAAAUAUGUAUCCUGCUUCAUAGCCCCACAAGGCUUUCAAAGCAGCUAAUGAAAGUCUCAAAUUUAGGAACAGGAAUUGCAUGCUGUUCAUGUGAUGUCCACCUGAAAUACUUCAGACUUUGUAAAACACAAUUAAAAUGCUAAACCUACUUUUAAGAUUGUGCCAUUUAGUAGACUGAAGCUCAAGUUGAUUUAUCAUUGCGGCUGAGACUGGAGAGUGAUACAGUCUUGAAUUGUAAGUUGUUGCAACUUCCUCUGUUCUCCAAUAGCACCUAUUCAGGUUACAGACACUUCAGGUUACAGAAUGCGCUAACCGAGAAAUAGUACCUCGGGUUAAGAACUUUGCCCCAGGAUAAGAACAGAAAUUGUGUGGCCGCAGCGCAGCAGCAGCGGGAAGCCCCAUUAGCUAAAGUGGUACUUCAGGUUAAGAACAAUUUCAGGUUAAGAACGGACUUCUGGAAUGAAUUAAGUUCUUAACCCGAGGUACCACUGUAUUAUAGUUUUAUGGAUAUACAGUAUAAGUUUAAACUUGAUAAGUCGUCAAAAGGCAGGCAAUUCGUUCAACCAGGUGGACUGACAGAGUUAUAUUGCGGCAUGAUUUUUUCCCUGUACUUUUUACAGUGUUCUGCAGUUUUCUCUGUAAAAAUAUCCUUCAUCUUUCAGAAUGUGUAACUAAAGAAACAAUGGAUGCGACUCCCUUUGAAAAGCAGAUCAAUCCACAGAAAGUGGAUCUGCCAGCAAGCAAUUCAUCCGACCCAGCUGGAGAGCCACAACACAAUGUGCCCUAUUUCAGGUUUGUACAAAAGGGCAGAGGGGUCCAGACUGAUACACUUGGGAGCGUGACUGAAGAGAACACUGGCUGAUGGAACACUCUCUUGAUGGGUAGUCCCUCUGCUUUGCAUGAGAUUCACUUUGCCAUCAAAGUAACUGCAGAGCUAAAUGCUUGACCCAGUAAAAGGCACUUUAGUUAGCUGCUCUCUUCCCUUUGAGCUGCAGUGUCUCUAAAGCUCCUUUUUAGCCCAUUAAUCUGGCACACUUUCCCUCUCACUCAGCUCAGAGCCCAUUGACACCUCAAACACAUCUGAACUCUUAAAUGGAGGGGUUGGCUCAGUUGGCAUUGGGAAAGCCCUCCACAAAUGUUUUGCAACUUAAUAGAACAGCAUGAGAACUUACUAAUCAUCCAAGGAGAUAACCUCUCUCCCAGAUGUAUCAUUAUUAUUUCCUUAAAACCAUUUUAUGCUGUCCAUCAUUAGUACAAUACUCAAUAUAUGCAGCAAUAUCUAUAACGGAAUUAAAUGCGCAGUCAUACUAGCGGGGCCUCAAAUGGUAAAUAAGCUUUUGAGGACCAUUUUAUCCUCACAACAACCAUGUAAGGCUGGUUAGGCUGAGAGACCAAGGUCAUGUGUGAUGUUGUGGAUGGAUGGUUGGGCCAGGGCCUGGCAAGACUGGGCUCAGAUCCUUACCUGGACACACAACUCCCGGGAUGACUUCAAGGCAGUCACCCUCUUUUGGUGAAACCUCCAACGCAGGGCACAUUGUGAGGAAGAAGCGGGGAACCCCCAGGGAUGCCACCUAAAGCUCUACUGCUGAAGGGUGGAAUGCAAAUGCAAAUUACUUUAAAGGGCUGGGAAUUGGAGCAAGGUUUGUGUGAAGCCCACCCUGUCUCCAGUAUUGCCACGUACAGUGGUACCUCUGGGUGCAAAUGGGAUCCGUUCUGGAGGGUGGGUCAAGUUUUGCCGCAUGCGCGUGACGUCAUUUUGAGCGUCUGUGCGAGCAGCGAAACCCGUAAGUAACGUGCUCCGUUACUUCCGGGUCGCUGCGGAGCGAAACUUGAAAAUGCUCAGCCUGAAGCACAUUUAACGCGAGGUAUGACUGUACUCAGGGACGUGGGUGGCGCUGUGGGUUAAACCACAGAGCCUAGGGCUUGCCCAUCAGAAGGUCGGCGGUUCGAAUCCCCGCGAUGGAGUGAGCUCCCGUUGCUCAUUCCCUGCUCCUGCCAACCUAGCAGUUCGAAAGCACAUCAAAGUGCAAGUAGAUAAAUAGGUACCGCUCCGGCGGGAAGGUAAACGGCAUUUCUGUGUGCUGCUCUGGUUCGCCAGAAGUGGCUUAGUCAUGCUGGCCACAUGACCCGGAAGCUGUCUGCGGACAAACACCGGCUCCCUCGGCCAAUUAAAGCGAGAUGAGCACGCAACCCCAGAGUCGAUCACGACUGGACCUAAUGGUCAGGGGUCCCUUUACCUUUUAUGACUGUACUCAUUCUGUCUCUGUGCUUUUUUAAAGAAACCUCCUUCGGUGCGAGGCAGAGAGACUGGCAUCACACUGCCUUCAGUGGGAUGGAGCAGCUGAGGCGGAUAUUCCAGAGGAUGGUAAGUGAAGAAGCUGAAGGAGUUGCAUAAUUGCUGUUCUGGAUGGAACAGUUUGCUCGAGUCUGUUGGCCCGAGUGGCUUUGGCCUUGACACUCCCAAGCUACACAAGCGAGAUUUGUACGAAUUAGGCUUCUUAAAUGUCUCAUCAAACACUUUAUUAUACAUAAUGAAAUAUUCAUUUCCACAGCCAAAGAUCUUGUCCGUACCACUGUUGGGCAAACCAGGCUGCUGAUAGCCGAGAGAUUCAAGCAGUUUGAAGGGUUGGUGGAUAACUGUGAGUUCAGACGCGGAGAAAAGGAAACAACCUGUGAUGACCUGGAUGGAUUCUGGGAUAUGGUGAACUUCCAAGUAAGAUCUCUGUUUUUUAAAGUUUGUCUCAUAUUCAGGUGGUUCUUCAAGAGCGCAUUGUCAUCCCACAAGUUCAAUACGGGACACUUAUCCUUCCCACUUGCAUUGUGUGCAAAUCAGCUUUGGGAAGCUGUUUCAUUAUUUCUGCAGGUUUAGCCCUUUGCUUUUUACCCUGUAAGUUUCUUGAGCAUUAAGGGCUCUUUGUCUUGUUUUUCAAAGAAUGCAGCCAAAUGAAGCUUUAAAUUUAAGUCACUUGGGGACCUUUUAAGUAACAAGCACCAUUAAUCAGUUUAAUAAAUACGGCUAAUUGAGCUGGUUAGUCCUGCCGUUGUUGUUUCUUUCUCAUUGCUUUUGGUUUUCUGAAUAUAGGUAGAAGAUGUAAAGAAAAAAUUUGAGAACUUGAGGAAGCUCCAGGAGAAUGGAUGGCAAAUGGCAGACGAUGUCCAGGCCAAGAGACCCCUCAAGGUAGGAGAGGCUUCUGUAAUUCUGCUCUUGGGUUGUCAAUCUAACAGGAUUACCAAGAGACAGACUUUCCCAAAGCAACUCCAGGAGGAUGCUAAAAAACCCCCACAAAUACUUCUCUCACUUUUUGGAGUAGAUCUUCACUAGGCCUCUAGGCAGGAAAUCAACCUUUUCUCUCUAGAGUAACUGUCACGUAGCCUCAGCAACUGCGACUGAAAACAAUCACAGACUGCACUCACAUCGCUGACCCAUGUAUCCUUUGUGCUGUAUUUUGGUUUGUGAGCUCAUUGGGGACCAUGUUUUGUUUUGUCCAACCAAAAAGUGGUCCAUGCCAUCCCCCAUCCUCACCCAUCAUCCUCUUGCUGACCGACAGGGCAGGGUGGGAGACUGGGCACUCUGACCGGAGUCGGGAGGGGGAGCCCUGUGUGGUUCUUUGAAUUUGUGCAAACACGCAGUUCAAAUAGUAGAAGGUGCCAGAGAGAGAUGCUUGCUAAGUAAGAGUGAUCUGUAAGACUUGCAAGCUCCAGGUCAUGGCCUUUGGCAAGCCCCCUGCUCUCAGUAUGCGGUGGUGGUAAUAACUGGUCAACCUUUCAGGGGUAUCGGAGAUAAUGAGAAGUACACUGAUUGCUUGAAAUGUGUUCUAGAGAAGUAAAUCAAAGAGUGCCUUUAGAAGAAAAAGUCAGGGUUCCAUCUGCACAUUUUAAGCUGAAAUUCCUGCAUUGCAGAGGGUUGGACUAGAUGACACUUGGGGUCCCUUCCAAUAAUUUUGUUAAUCUAACCAGCGUUUUUGCUGUUUCUGUAGUGAGUGGAGUCCAUGUCAUUCUAUAGUUCACCAUUAGAGGGCUCUAUAUCCCAGUGGAACUUUUGUCAACCUGGAGGCCCUGAAACUGUUUUGGAACUACAACUCCCAUCAGCCCCUGUCAGCACAGCUGGGCUGGCACAGGCUAAUGGGAGUUGUAGUCUGAAACAUUUGGAGGUCCUCAGGUUGGUGAAGGUUGGUCUCACAGGAUAAUAAGCCAGCUGUAUUUGGCUAGCCCUAAAGUUCCAAAGUUUGCAGUCAUUAUAAGUUUGCAGGACUUAAGCUGCAACCGUUACUGAUAAAGCCAGGUCUGGAUGCAGCAGAUUGUAGCAACUAUUGCCUGGUCGCAAAUGCUUCCUUUCUGUGGUAGAUAAUUGAGAGGGUUGUGGCGGAGCAACUAUAGACAUUCCUGGAUGAGCCUGAUUUUCUGGAUCCAUGCCAGUCUGGUUUCAGCCUUUGACUGAGAUUUGAAUUAGCACUUCCUUGGCUGCUGUGGGAGGCAUGAGGAACCUUUGGUCCUCCAGGUGUUGCUUAAAUUCAUCUCCCACUAGCCCCAGCAAGCAUGGGCAAGGAUGCGGGUAAUUUAUCAACAUCCAGAAGGCUGAAGCGUCCUGCACUGUGCCAGUUUUCUGUCUGAGCUCUUAGAAGGUGUCGGAGAGAGUGGGGAGAAAAUGCUGUCCUGCCUUUUGUCUUUCAGAAGAAGGCAGCCCCUCAAAGGGCAACCAAAGCAGGGGGUGGCUCUGUUGAAAGGAGAGCAGCCCGAAAGCGCCUUGCAGCGAUAAAGGCAGCCGUGAAGAACAAGAUGAAAGCAGAAGGGCUGAUGGUGGAGGCUGCAGGUCAAGAAACCCCAGAGAAAGUGACGUUUGAUGGAGGGUUUUUCAAAAUUGAAUCACCCAGGCCUUUCCCAGGUCAGUGUUGGAGCAGUUCCUUCUGUGAGUGAAUUUGGGUGUGAAGGAGAAGCUUUUUUGCUGCAGGGGGCACCUCUGGAAGUCUAGUGCGCUUCUGGUGAGCGUGCCUUACUCAGUUACUGGGAAUGAGGAGCACGGAGGUGAUGGUGAAGCAGGUCUCUCUUUAGAAAAGGAAUAGUAGGUAGGGGAACCAUGAAUUUAUCUCCCCAGCCCCUACCCCAGACCAAAUGUUUUGGUUAUACAUACUGUGAGCUAAGAGGCAGUGUGUGUGCUUCCUGUUCUCCAUAGACAUACACACUCACCACACAGCACAAAGGUUUAUUGAAACAACUCCAAAAGUGAGAAGACUCAGUUCUUGGGUUUAAGACCUCUCCUUUAAUUGGGCCCUGUAGCCAGUGAAGAUUUCACUCUGUACCUGUAAAAGUUUCUAGCUCAUUUUCCAGGGCAGUUACAUACAAAGGAUAUUCUUUAGUAAUCCUAUUGAGAAGUUUUCAGGGUAUGAAUGGUGGAAGCCAUCUCUUAGUUUUCUGAGUGGACACAGCUGGCACACCACAGGUAGAGAGACUGGUAGAGAGACUGGAGCCAAUCUUCCGCCAUCCCCUAUGUCAGAUUUAAGCAGUUUCUAUAUGUUUCAGGACACGGGGCAAUUCUGAAGAAUCCAGAUUUUCUAUUGACAUGCAUGACAUCCUAAUAGAAUAUCCAUUGAUUUAUUCCUCCUCUCUCCACUGCUCAGGCAGGACUCCUCAAUCUACAAGCAGGGCUUCCAGGCGGAUGACUCCAAGAUCUGCCAACAGGGCCCUGCUUCAGAGCUGUGCAGAUACCUGUGUUGUAAGGCUAGGCACGCCAACCGCGUCCAACGCCAUUCCUCCUCCUUCGGAUCAGAGUUCGGUGUUGGAACCUGCCAGAACUGACCUCUGCUGCAUUUCUGAACAAUGGUAUGCAGUUGGCCUGAAUGUGAGCCCUUUUUGGCUGGUGCAGAAAUGACUGUCUGUGUUAGUGAGAUCCAGAUGAAUCGCCUCGUCAGUGGCUAUUUCCAGAUCGAACUGAAAGUCCAUCUUGUCCGGGGUGAGGAAUCUGUGGGCCUCCGGAUAUGGCUGGCCUACAGCUCCCACCAGUGUGAUCAACAGUCAGGGAUGAUGGGAAUUGUAGUCCAGCUUCAUCUGGCCACAGCCCCCCUUCCCUGCACAAGGAAAACACAGUGUUUUGCAUAGUAAACAGCAAAAAUUAUUUUGGGUGUUCACACACAAAGCAUGAAACAGGUCCGCUUUCUAUUUGUCCCCACCACAGUUAUUCUGUCUUGAUGAAUAGAGGCUCCAUUCAGCCCCAAGGUUUAUGUAGGCUGGUGCUGUUGAGCAGGUUAGUUGCAGCUGCUGGGUGCGAUCCACACUGAGCUAGAGGAUUGCAACACAAAAGUUGAAACCCUCAUUUGCUUUUGCCACCUCUUGGGGCACAACCAACGCCUGCUCUCUUCCUACACCACAGCGCUCUGCUCAAGACCUCUGCCUUCUUUUCCCUGUGCCAGAUGAUUGGUUGUAUGGCUUGGAGUUGAAUUGUCAUUGGAAGCUGUUCAUUUUAACUCGUGCUGAAAAUGCCCUCGCUGAGAGCACAACUUAAAAACUCGCUGCCUUCCUCUCCCAUCUCAGUUCCCUCCGGCAAAAAUGCACAACCCAAUUUUUGUUGGCCACAGGUACAGCCGUGUCACCUCGGUCUCUUCCAGUGCUGAACACAGCCUCGUGAUAUUUUGUUCUAGCUGCAGGAAGGAUGCAGUUGGGGCAGGGGGUGGGAUCCUGCUGCUGGCAUACUUGCCUGGGAGAAGCAGCUGUUCAUUUCAGACAAGUGCUUCUCUGUGCUAAUUCACGCUGUAAACUUUGCCCUUGUAAUUGUUCGUCCAGUAUCUUGGACGUAAACUGAGAGGGAGAAUUUGGGCCGCCCUUGUCAGCUGUCAUUCACACCCAUGCACACCUUCCCCCAAGAUGAACGUUUUAAAAACCUAACAUGCAAGUUUCUGACUGAUGAUGAACACAUGUGGUCUCCCCCCAGUGACAUCCAAGCUGCGGAGGAACCCGGUGCUACAGCAGAAGACAUGGCGAAAGAAGCUGCUGUAAGUUGUAUCGUCUGUGUUGAAUGUCUGCCUGUCCUGAAAGUUCAGAACGGCCCCCAUCUCAUUUUGCUCCUUGAAAUCUCUCUCUCUUCCUUCCUGAACUCUUAGGAUGUACAAACAGCCACUUGUGACAGCGGAUCACCCUUGUGUGAUAUGGAUGACUUGAUUUCUACCGAUUCUCAGGGCCUGGAAGGUUCCAUUGAUAAAAUAGAAGUUUCAGAAGCUACAGAAGAGGUGAAACAGACGAUUGCAGAUCUGGGCAAACAGGAUGUUCUCUCAUGGAGUCCCAAGGAGGAUUCCCAGCCUGAAGGAACUUGCUCCCAGGCUGAAGAGCUGCCCACUCCAGAAUGUCAAACAGGUAGAUUUCCAUGGGGCUUUUUAGGCAGCGGGAAGAACCUCUGGCUGAGGUCCAUGUAUUAUUCUGUGAUUAUGUGAACAGUUCAGAAUUUGAAUUCAAGGAGCUUCUUGUAUCUCACUCACCACAUUGUGUUUUUGGUGCACUUUAAAGACUAACAAAUGCAUUGUGGCAUAAUCUUCUGUGGAGGUUACAGCCUGUGUGAUCAGCUGCUUUAAGCUGUAGAUGGAAGGUGGAAUUCAGCCCAGGGCUGUAACAAUUGCUGUUUGAAGGCUCUCCUAACCCCACUGAGCCAAUAUGGGGGCCCGUGGGAGACGAGGGGGAACCCCAGUCGCUCUAGACCUUGCAAGGGCUAACAGGGUUUGUUAAAUCUGGCCCAGAACCUUUAGGCUGCCACCCUAGGCUUGUUUUUCAGGAAAAGGAAGUCUCAUUGUGAACAGCGUGGCAGACUUCCAAGUUCACAUGUUAAGCAUUGGGGGUGGGUGUCUCGUUGCUCCUAUAUUCUCACCCUGCUGACACUUCCUUGUGUUUGACUGCUAUAACUUGAAAUGAAGAUAUUUCCUGUUUGUUACAGGCAACUCCCCAUUUGUGCAGGGGUUGCAUUCCGAGUCAUUAUGCGCUUGCGUGAAAUUGCAUAGAAUCAGAACACCCGUUGAAAAAGCCUCAAAACACUGUGUUUUGCCCCCUUUGGUGACGCUUUCGUGUCACCUCUGGGUUCAGCACUGUGUGCGCAUGUGCAGUUGCGCACACAUCAGACAUGUCCCCAACAGUCACUGCCUGUGCUGGUUUUGAGAUAGGACAGCGGUGAGUCCCUGCUGUCAUUCAUGAACCAUAGGUACUUGGUAACGAGAUGUGUAUCCUCAAACCUUAUUGACACAGCCCACUAGAAACCCUCUCCUACAUAUUAUUGAACCAGACCUAAGUUAGGUUAAAAAGCCCACUGGAAAUAUAUCCUUAUUUUCCAGGUUCUCUUCUCGGUGACUUCUCCAGCGAAGCUGCAGUGCUUGAACUCCAGGUAUGUUUGUUUGAAAAGGAGCUAAUUGGGUUGGGUGGACUUCUAAAGACUAGCAACUGUAACAUUUCUCCAGUUACUGCGACAAAUCUGAUGCCAUGGUUUCCUGUUAAAUAUAUAUACCAUAUUUUUCUGUGUAUAACUCCCCUUAGUUUGGGGGACUCAAAUUUAUGAAAAUGGGGGAAGAUGACCCCCAUGUAUAAGACGACCCCCAUUUUUUAACAUUAUUUUAGAGUAAAAAAACCCUAGUCUUAUACAUGGAGAUUAUGCAUAAUGCAGAUUAUGGUGUGCCAUAAGGAGGCUGCAUCGAGUUGCAAAGGACUCCAGCUGUCUGGUGCAAUGAAGUCAGGCUUAUGUCAAGAAGCCCUUUCUCUUUCACACACCCCCCCAAAAAACCCCCCAACUCCUUAGAAAUCAGUAACAAAUGGGCAUAGAUUAUUAGGAAAGUGCAGCCGUGGGCUCGUCAGAGCAACUGAGCAUGAACACAUCUCCUCACCGGAUCCUUUUCUCAGAGUGAAAAUUUCUCUGGAUGGCAUUCUAUCCAGCUUCUUGACUCUUUAUUUGAAAAGCACUUGACAACUUCAUGAAGACAAAUGGCCAGGUCCCUGCCCCAAAGCAGCCUAGAAUCUAAAUUCAACAAUUGGGGGUGGGGUGGGGAAUGUUAAGUAAAUGCAGUUUACUUCCCCUCCCAUAGCUGGCUUCACAGUUUUCCCCACAUUGUGAUUUUUUUGUAUAGCGCAUGCAUGCACACACGAUUCACAAUAUAUUGCCAGGUCAAAAGUUAUGAAACCGAUAUCACAAUCUGGACUUCAAACCAGUUUUGGACAAUACAAUGAUAUAUCACUCAGCCUUAUUUGUCACCUUCAUUACUUUGGCAGAUCAAAAGCCUAGGGGAAAGUUAGGGUAACUAACUUCUCUUAAGGCUGGGCAAUGAGGCAAUUCAGCGUAUUACGUUCUUCUAAUCCACACGGGAACUACUUCUGCUUAUGACAAGCAACUGUAACGCUACCGCUGCCGUUUAUGAUAACUAUCUAUCUGUCAGAUGGUAUCGCUAAAUUCGGUGGGAGGAUCCUUGAUCUCCCUUUUAGGCUGUUUGCUGCUCUAACCGGUUAGGUCACUUUUUUGAAAGCCCUGGAGGCAGUUGCCAUUAAGCAAGAAGCCUCUGAGUCACUUCUGCUAAGGAAGCCGUUCAUUGCAUGCAUGCAUGCAAGUGUGAAGUGGGUGUAAGGCAUGCAGCAAUGAAAAGAGCUUGGAUGCUGUUUGUGAAAGCACUUGUCAGUCUUUUAUCACUUGGCUGUUAUUGAGAGGGACGCGGGUGGCGCUGUGGGUAAAACCUCAGUGCCUAGGACUAUGGCCGGCGGUUCGAAUCCCCGCGGCGGGGUGAGCUCCUGUCGAUCGGUCCCAGCUCCUGCCCACCUAGCAGUUCGAAAGCGCAUCAAAGUGCAAGUAGAUAAAUAGGUACCGCUUUAUAGCGGGAAGGUAAACGGCGUCUCCGUGUGCUGCGCUGGUGCUGGCACGCCAGAGCAGCUUCGUCACGCUGGCCACGUGACCUGGAAGUGUCUCCGGACAGCGCUGGCCCCCGGCCUCUUAAGCGAGAUGGGCGCGCAACCCCAGAGUUGGUCACGACUGGCCCGUACGGGCAGGGGUACCUUUACCUUUAUUAUUGAGAGGAGGCAGAUGAAUGUAUAUUCUGUCUUGAAAUAAGAGGGGAAGUGCAGGUCAUAGAAUUGUAGAGUUAGAAAGGGACCGAAAGGAGUAACCCCUUGCAGUGUAGGAAUCACAAUUAAAGCAUCAGGUGACCAUCCAGCCUCUGCUUAAAAACUUUGAAUGAUGGAGAGCUCAUCACUUUAUGAGAGAGUCCAUUAUGCUGUCAAACUGCUUUUGCUGCCAUAAAGUUUCUUCCUAAAGCAGGAGAGCAGAUUUCUCGCCUCCUUCCAAAAGUUUGAAUUUUUCAGCAGUGUACAACAUGCACCUGAUUUCCAUGGACAUGAUUUAUUUACUGCUUUCCUGUCUAUAUUAUAUUAUAUAACCUUCCUUAUUUGUUCCCCACAGCCCAGUCUGGAUGAAAGCCUUUUCGUCACUCCGAGGAACCAGGCGGAGAAAUUUGUGGCCAACCCAAGCAACGACCUCAUUGUUUUCUCUCCACUUACUUAA